AUAUUUUCAUUAUUCCCAACAAUUAUGGUUGAAAUGCAAUACAUAUUUCAAACCUCAAUGACAAUGAUAUCAUUGUAUCAGACAUUAGAAACAGUUGGCUAUAUUGUCGGCACAUUUGUUGGUCUAACCUAUCGAUACCUAAACCGACAACUAGUAGUCGGCGUAUGUUUUAUUAUACUGACCGUUGCCAACACUGUACUACCUGUUGUACCAAAUAUACCGGUGCUCUACGUAUGCGCUAUCAUAUCCGGGUUCUGUUCCAGUGUUAUCAUGUGUUCGUAUACCGUAUGGACAGUCGAGUUAUGGCCAACCAGAAGUGCACCCGUACUCUAUAUCGAGGACUUUUCCUAUGGUAUCGGUUCGACACUGACAUCGGUUAUACUAAAGCCAUAUCUGACCGGAAAAGUUAGCGCCGAUGUAGUGGUCGAUAGACGUGCAAAACUUAUGUGGCCUUUCAUUACAAUAGGAAUAUGUGUUAUUUUAGUUCCCCUGUCAUCGUUAAUCAUGUAUUUUAUAAAGCCAUACAAACAACAUUCAAUAGAAGGAAAGGUAGAUAAAGAUGAUGAUAGACAAGUAAAUCAUGUCAAACUGUUUGACAGGCCGGACACACCUGGAACUGCUAUGCGGGUACUAUUUAUAGCCUGGUGUACGGCUUACAUACUGUUUCAGAUGGAGUUCCUUAAGUUUAUCUUUACAUAUAUGCAAAAAUCACCGGUCGAUGUAUCGCCGCAAACCGGUUCCGAUAUUAUGAUUGUGUCCACAUCGGUCUAUACAGCUUUUACAGUAGUCAACGCCGUGCUAACGAUACGAGUGGGCGUAAACCCUGUUAUUUACGGUCACUACAGUCUAGUAGUAGUCGCUGCCUGUGUACUGGUGAUUGGCCACUACUAUCUGGUAGCUCUAUGGGUGGCCGCCGUAUUGAUGUGUUGGGCAUUUUCGGCAAUGUUUGCCGGUGUCUAUGCCUUUACCGAACAGUACGUUACGUUAACCAACCGGUUGAGUACCGGUAUUGUUAUGGCACGCGGUGUGUGUACACUGUUUACGCCGGUAAUCAUCGGCCAGUUUAUCGAUGACCACUCGUAUGUGUUUCUAAUAGUCGAAUGGAUUUAUCUGACGCUAUCUAUUGCCUUAUUUUUGAUAAUUAUUUGGUUUAUUAGGCGAUACCAGAAAUUAAUAGUCAACUAA